AUGCAUCUCGAUAGUGCCAUGGGCCGGCGAUUUAUUUCUUCUUUUAUAAAAUUCUACUCAGCGUUACAUGCACCAGAACAAAGCCUUCCCGAAUGUAUUAUUCCUGAUACUUACGAUGCAGCAGAAGAUUAUAGAGGUGGAAUAUCCAUGCCGUACUAUGGUCAUGUUCGCCCUUCGGCGAAUUAUUUCAACAGCAAUCUCAUUUUGCAGAACUUUGUAGUGGCAGACAUCAGCAAUGGUGUCAACAACGUGUAUUUCUAUGACGAACGAGCGCAAGGAAAAGAUGCUAAUGCGCUAUGUAGCUUACGUAGUAUAUUGGACAAUUGUGUGGGGCAGAACAAAUCGAAAGCAGUUUUAGUGUUCUUUGCAUUUCUUUCGGAUUGA